ACUUUUAAUUUAAUCGAGCUCUUCAGUGAUGGAGUUACAAAAAGUAGAAAUCAUGGCAGCAUUCUGUGGUCAACUACAUGAAAAUAACGUUGAAAUUAGUGUUGAGAAUAUCAAGAAGGGAAAAAGUUUAAUAGCGAAACAAAAUUUUGAAGAAGGAGAUGUUUUGUUUGAAGAAAGACCAGUUGUCAGUUCCCAGUUUCUCUGGAAUGAAUUUUACAAAUAUACGGCGUGUGAAUACUGUUUACGUUCGCUGGAGACGGCCGAAAACCAGAGUAGACGAUUAACAGAAAAUGAAGCGCUUACUUUACCAUACCCCGAGUGUGAUGAAACCAAACCUUCUCAGUAUGUCAAAUGUCCACAGUGUCAGGUGACCUACUGCUGUCAGGAAUGUCAGAAAAACGCAUGGAAGGAGUAUCACCAAAUCUUGUGCAUGGGAUCAUCCAAAGAGGAUGAAAAUCACCCCCUGUAUAAACUACAAGACAUGUGGAGAAACAUUCAUUUCCCACCAGAAUCUUGUAGUAUAAUGCUUAUUGCAAAGAUGAUUGCUCUAGUCAAGCAGAGUACAAAGAAAUGUGAAGUCUUGGAAAAAUUUUCUCGCUUUGUAAAAACAACAGUGAAUGAGGAGGAGGCACUGGUUCAUAAGAUGAUGGGAGAAAAAUUUCAGGAGCCCCUGGAGUUGCUACGGCAACAGGUGACAGAGAUCCUGUUUGAAGACGCAGUUCAGUCUUGGUUCACUCCGGAAGGUUUCCAGUCAUUAUUUGCGAUUGUUGGAAGGAACGGUCAGGGAAUUGGUUCAAGUUCAAUAAGCAGCUGGGUAAAAAAUUGUGAGAAGUUGGAGCUAUCUCAGGAAAAAAAGGAGGAGUUAGACCUUUUUAUUGAUACACUGUAUGAAGAAUUGGAAAACGUAUCUGGUUCAUUUUUGGACUGUGAGGGUUCAGGACUAUACUUGUUGCAAAGUACUUGUAACCACAGCUGUCUGCCGAAUGCCGAGAUAACAUUUCCAUACAAUAACAACAUCAUGUCAGUUAUAGCCAAAGAAAAGAUAGCCAGCGGUCAGGAGAUAUGCAUCAGUUAUCUCAGUGAAUGUGAUAUGUCCCGGAGCCGUCACAGUCGACAGAAAUAUUUAAAGGAAAACUACCUCUUUGUGUGUCAGUGUCCAAAGUGUUUAAGUGAGGCAGAUGAACCUGAUGUUACGUCAGACGAAGAGGAGGAAGACAUGGAUGACGAUGGUGAUCAGUGAACAGAAGCAUUGCCGACAUACAGCGACAAUUUCGUCGACUGACUUCUAUUGAGUGCCAAUCAAUCUCCUCGUUGUGCCUCAUCACGAGGGCAUAUAUCUACAGUUUAUGAGGACUUUCUUUGUCUUUCAAGAUUGAUACGAUUUGACCUCGGUGAAAAAUAUUUCAUUGAGAAAUGAUCUUUAACAAGCCCCACUGGUAAAACAGUGUAUAGAAAUUGAAAUGAAAUCAUGCUUUCAGUUUUUGCUGUAUACACGUGUCAGAAUGAUUGAUAAAGCAACAGAGAUUUUGUAGCCUCUUAGUAUAUUUUGGAAGGUCUAAAAAAAAAUUCCAGUGAUGGUUUGUAAACCUUCCUUACUACAUGUAUUUGACAAUAAUCAAAUAUCAUCUGCAUGAUUGAUUGAUUGUAUAUUGUUUAAUGUUCAACUCGAGAAUCUUUCAUCACUCAUAUGGAGACGUUACCAUUGCUGGUGAAGGGCUGCAAAAUUUAGGCCUAUACUCGGUGCUUACAGCAACUAAAUGGGGUGGUCCUUUGGAUGAGACCGCAAAAACCGAGGCCUCUUUUGUGUUACAGCAGAUGUGGCACGAUGAAGAUCCCUCCCUGCUCAAAAGCCUUAAGCACCAAGCAUAUAGGCUUAAAUUUCGCAGCCCUUCAACAGCAAUGGUAACGUCUCCAUAUGAGUGAUGAAAGAUUCUCAAGUUGGACAUUAAACAAUAUACAAUCAAUCAAUCAUGCAGAUGAUAUUUGAUUACUGUCUAAUAGUAAGGAAGGUUUACAAACCAUCCUUGAUAAUCUGUAUAAUUCUUGUUUAUGUCUAAACCUUGAAGGUAUAUGUAAUGCAGUUAAAAAGUUUUUUAUGCCAUUUAUGAUAUUGAUAUCAUAUACAUGUAUGAUGAUCUUAAUGAAACAGUCAUGCAAUA